AUGCGUCAGUUAUUGAGCGUUGGGCGCCUUUAUUCAGGCCCCGACUCCAGCGUCCUUGUCGUGAUUUGGACCGAGGACUCGCAGAUCUACAAGGCCGAACACUCUACCCUCAAGAUUCAUGAAGUCAACGAGGACGUCCUAAACACGCUCAACGGAACACCUAUUCCAAAGACCCACAUACAACCUCCAUGGACUCCUGAUACUACCGCUGUCGCCGAAACCGUCCUCCCACAGGUUCAUAUCAAGACACAGCAAGGUCUUUGGCGCUAUGAUGGCUCGGCCUCCAUUGCCGAUGCAGUUAGAGAGGAGGUCAGAAUUCUCGAAACCAUAUCUAGAAGCCCUCAUCCAAACCUGUGCCACUACUACGGUUGUAUACAAGAGGGUGAUCGUAUUGCCGGUAUCGGACUUCAAAAGUACAAGUGCACGUUAUUUGAGGCGAUGUCUGGUAAUGAAGAAUCUCAAUCCUCAACACUCGAUGUUGCCUCCGUCGCUGCGGGCAUCCAGGCCGGGUUGGACCAUCUCCACUCCCUUGGGCUUGCUCACAACGACAUCAACCCACACAACAUCAUGCUCGAUGAUUCCGGAAACCCAGUUAUUGUCGACUUCGACUCAUGUGCAUCGAUCGGAGCUACAACAUCAGCUGGAACGCCAGGAUGGUCAAAAUGGCCGGCUGCAUCCGACCCAGAGAAUGACACUCACGGGUUCAACCUUGUCAUUAAAUUUCUUAGAGGGGAGUACAAUGGAGAGUUGGACGAUGACGCGAUGGGAUGGUAA